AUCUCAGGCCACCACCGGCCACAUAAGUUAAUAAUCUUCCUCAUCUCAUCAUUAACCUAAUCAGCUUCUUCACACCUCUCUCUCUCUCUCUCUCUCUCCCCCUCGACUCGAAUUUAAUUGCUACAAACCAAAUUAAAGGAGCCCGAGGGAGGAGGAGUGAUUAAGCUGCGAGUAACUAAAUCGAGAUGGGACACCAUUCGUGCUGCAACCAGCAGAAGGUUAAGAGAGGGCUGUGGUCGCCCGAGGAGGAUGAGAAGCUCAUCCGGUACAUCACCACCCACGGCUAUGGCUGUUGGAGUGAAGUCCCUGAGAAAGCAGGGUUACAAAGGUGUGGGAAGAGCUGCCGGUUGAGAUGGAUAAAUUAUCUUAGACCAGAUAUCAGGAGAGGGAGAUUCACUCCCGAGGAGGAGAAGUUGAUUAUCAGCCUUCAUGGGGUUGUAGGGAACAGAUGGGCUCAUAUCGCAAGUCAUUUGCCUGGACGAACAGACAACGAGAUUAAAAACUACUGGAAUUCUUGGAUAAAAAAGAAAAUACGGAAACCCUCCUCUGUUCCUCCAGCAUCGACGACAGGACCCAGCACAAAUGAGCAUCAUCAUCAGCACUCGAACAGCGCUCCAAACCAGUUAGCUGAUUUUUCCGUCCUGGAUAUGACCCCAAAGACGGUAACUGUUCAUCAAGAGACGACCUUGUUUUCCCCUUCUACAACUUGCCCUCUAUUUAUGUUUGACACCACUUCAUCACUGGAAGAGAUCACCGAUGGUAACACAAAUAACGGGCAGGCAGAACUCUACUGCGAUAACAAUGCAGGCUUAAGCUCCGGAGCGUGGCACCACCUGGGCCAGUACCAUGGCCAAGCCCUAACGACAACACAACCGCCUUUUACAAGCGGUCUGGAUGUAAAUUAUUUGCCUCCGUUGAUUGAUAACGUGGAAAACAUGGUGGUGCCGAUCGGUGUUCAAUCUUGCGGCAUGGAUGAAGGGGGUGAGGUUGCCCUGGAGUGCUUGCAGAGGCAGGAGUUGAAUGAAUGGGUUGACUCCCAGCAGUGCUCAAACUUCUUGUUUUGGGACAAUGUGGAAGGGCAAGUGCUUGGUGGAGAAGGGAUUGGCCCUCAAGCUUCUUCAAAUAUGGGAGGUCAUCAGUUGUCAUCAUUCCCUUCCUCUCUAUUGAACAGUCACAGAGAUUGGAAUAGCUCGGAGUCUUCUCUGCCUGUUGCCGCCAACAAUUGCGCCCCGCUCCAUCUCGACUCAACAAUGAUUAUCCCGGAGAAGAACCGCCGGGAGAUCUCCAAGUACCUCUUUCAAGAGGGAGUUUGCUACGCGAAGAAGGACUACAAUCUCGCGAAACACCCUGAGAUCGAUGUCCCAAACCUACAAGUGAUAAAGCUGAUGCAGAGCUUCAAAUCAAAGGAGUAUGUACGUGAGACGUUUGCUUGGAUGCACUACUACUGGUACCUCACCAACGACGGGAUUGAGUUUCUCAGGACUUACCUUAAUCUCCCCUCUGAGAUUGUUCCGGCCACUCUGAAGAAACAGGCCAGGCCUGCUGGUAGGCCCAUGGGUGGCCCGCCAGGUGAUCGUCCCCGUGGACCCUCUCGAUUUGAGGGAGAGAGGAGGUUUGGGGAUCGCGAAGGAUACCGAGGAGGUCCUAGAGGGCCUGGAGGCGACUUUGGUGACAAGGGUGGGGCUCCAGCUGACUAUCGGCCUUCUUUUGGGGGUCCAGGUGGGAGGCCCGGGUUUGGUCGUGGAGGUGGUGGCUAUGGUGCCGCCUCAGCUAGCUCAGACCUUCCUUAAGCCGUUGAUCAAAGUAUAUCUUAUAUGUUUCAAAUUGAGCACAAUAUUUGCUAGCUGAGGAAAGUAGUUGUCUCUGCGGAUAAAUGUCAGUGUUUUUGUCAUACAAUGAGUCUCCGAGAUUAUCAGUUGGAUCAAGUCCAUCUUUUUCUUACUAUAUCGAACUAAGAGUUGUGGUAACUCUCCUUAUUUUUCGAGUAUACAUCAUGCAUUUCAUUUUAUUCCUUA